ACCGUCCCGGGCGGGGGAGGUGAGGCGGCGCUGGUGGCGCGACGCGCGCACUUGAAUCGUCGUCACAGCGCGUCUCGCCACUAAUGAAGGACUCGAAGACGAGCCACUCGGUGUUCCAAACAGGUCCGGACUCGGUCUCGCACAGCAGCAGGAUGCAUCACAUGCUCUGGAUAUAUGUCGCCCUCACCGUCCUGCCGGCUUUCGCCUACGCCGUGGCCUUUCCACAUUUUAUCAGAGUGGCGGACGAGUGCGACAUGGAGACCAUCCGGGAGAAGGUGAACGCCACUAACGAGAGACUCCGGAGGACGGACUACAAAGAUGGACACGCUUACUCGAAGCAAACAUGCCAGGAGCUGGAGAUCCUGUUCAGCGCCAUCGAGUCUCGCAUCGGACGCUGCGCUGACUCGGAGAGGAACCGGCUGGGCCUGCUCGUCGAGAGUGGCCGCAUGACGGCCGAGCUCAAGUGCCGGGACGCUCUAGAUAGCGAGGCAAAGACGUACAUCAACUGCUUGCGCAACUACAACCACAGCGGGGACCAGUGCUCCGAGAGGCUGCGCACCCUUAAGGACCAGUACAAGGAGUACUCCGAAGGACUCACCAACACGAACGACGUCUGCUGCGCCUACCACUCGUACCACAAGUGCCUGGGCGACCGCUUAUCCAAUGCCUGCGGCGAAGACGCCCGUCAGCACGUGGAGCUGUACGCCGACAAGCUGACCAACCGGCUGCUGUACAACUUCUGCCGAAACUACGAGACGUCAGUGUGCGUCGACGUCGACCCCUCCGGCACGACACGGCUCGCCAGCGCCGCAAGAACCGCGCUGACGUCAGCGGUUCUCGCUUACGUCACCGGCUACCUGUUGUGGUAGCCGUCUGGGGCG